CUUCACCAUAACCUCACUGCGCGCAACCCAGCUUCCUCAAUAUGACAGCUUAGAAGACGCCUAAAGCGUCUGGCAGGAAGGGUGAUUCCCUGGUCCUCGUAGAAUAUGAUACACUCUAUCGAGGUGAAGGCACGGUGGUGGGAGGCCAAAAACAGGUUGAAUUGCCAGUUCGCAGCCUCGUAUGAAGAUCGCUGGCCAUGCUCCACUUUUGACGAUCCAGGGUCGAAUCGAGGUUCUUAUCGAUUGUUUGGACCCUGUUGGACCCCGUGAGAAGCGUCAAUCCGUACCAUAUGCUGCAAUCGGAAGGAUUCAUGUACCUACAGCCUCAUGAAUUGCCCAGGUGAUUGAGGCUUAGUCUAGUCUCGACGGGCGGCCACACACGCGAUAUGCGGAGAAGAUCCAUUCGCCCAAAUUGUGUCCGUUUUCUUUUUCUUCUCUCUUUCUCAUUUUAUCUGCACGUGUGGUCUUUCCUUUAACUUAUCCAUAACCAUGGCGGCCUUACUGGCGUUUGCCUGUCUCCUUCUUGCAGAGCACAGUUUUCAAGCAGAUCCUUUUAUUUUCGAGUGGUCUAAAAAUACAUAUGGCCCAGACGGCCCCUGGCACGCCGUGACUGUUGGGCUGGGCAGCAAUGAGCAGCAAGUCGACCUCUAUCCCGGUACCAAUUUUGGCAGUACGAUUCUGGCAUCGAACUACACCGGUUCUGAUUCGUGCUAUUCCGGCUCUCAUCCAUGCCGUUCCGGUACAUACGACCCGUCCGAGUCAAGUGAAGCGUAUUCCGUGAUUAACGGUACGUGGGAGGACAACAUUUGGUGGAGCUUUGAAGGAACACGCAAAAGCCGGACUGUGUUGGAUGAGAUGACAAUUUAUGGUUCAGUCAAGUCAACAUGGGAGAGGAAUAUCACCUUGAUUGUGACCGAUGAUGCCAAUAUAACCUACGGGACCGAUAUCACCCAUCAUCCCAACGUCGGGCUUCUGUCACUGGGUGCGCCCGUAGAAUAUCGGGAAUACCCUGCUAACAGUGAGAAUUGGGGGUAUUGGAUCACGAGUGCGCUGUACAAAGAUGGAACAAUCCCUUCCGGGUCAUAUGGAAUGCACGUUGGCUCCGUGGAUCCUCCCAUUGAGCCAUCUCUCCUCAUAGGGGGGUAUGAUCGAAAUCGGGUGUUGGGUGAGGUCAGCACCCAGUCAGUUCAUCGUGGCGAUGGGGGGUAUAAUGGCGCUCUGACAAUCAAAUCGCGCAAUAUUUCUCUCGGCGUUGAAGAGGGAGAGCCGCCAUUUUCUUUAUCCAACGCGACCAACACGGAUCUGACCAAGGAAAAAGAUAAUAACGCAGACUUUCCAGAAGUCAAUAGUGUUCAGCCAUACAUCUUCCUCCCCAACGCUACCUGUGACGCAAUCGCCGCCAAUUUGCCUGUCCAUUACAACGCCUCCCUAGGCCUCUAUCUCUGGGACACAUCUAACCCUGAUUACGAAAAGAUCGUCCAAUCCUCAGCCUACCUCUCUUUCUUUUUCGAAAAAGACGGUGCUAAUGUGGAUUAUUUUGAAAUCAAAGUCCCCUUCCGCCUUCUCAACCUCACCCUUGAAGCCCCCCUCGUCGAUAGCCCAACUCCAUACUUCCCUCUCGCCCACAAAGAUGGCCGCCCCAUCCUCGGAAGAGCUUUUAUGCAAGCCGCCUUUGUCGGCGUCAAUUGGAAUGCCAGGGACGGCUACGGUGCCUGGGUCCUCGCCCAAGCACCAGGGCCCGAUACCCCCGGUCAAGAUAUACAACCAAUACAAGGGGUGGACAUGACAUUCCAAAAAUCCCCAAAUAGCUGGGUAAACACCUGGUCUGCUAAAUGGACGCCCGGUGGCAAAUCCUCUUCUGCCGGUGGUCUAUCCUCUGGCGCAAAGGUUGGAGUCGGAGUUGGAGUUGGUGUUGGCGUUGGCGGUGCGCUGGUUAUAUUGGGUGCCGUGGCAUUCUUUCUCCGCCGCAAGCGUGCUGCGAGACAGGAUGCCGCUAUGCGGUCGCAGGAUAUGCUAGCAGGAAAUCAUGGGCAGGGUAAUGAGCUGGGCACGGGAGUAGAGAAUAUUCCUCCUGUCGAGAAGCCGGCUGAUACGCAACCCGCGCAGCGAUAUGAGCUUCCUUCAUGAUUGAUCUCAUUUCCUAAUAUAUUUUUUGGAUGUUUAUAAUGACUGUUUAGUUGGAAAUUCCCAGCCUGUAAGAUGGCAGGGUGAUGUAAAUAGUAGUAUGUCGAGAAUACAUAAUCAUUGUCUUAUACAAGUCUGCU